CCGUGAAGAAUUUUGUAAAUUAAUAGGAACGUUGGAGUUUUGUUUAUGUCCAGUGCGGAUGGGUCGUUGUCGCUAGUUGUUUGUGUGUGGGCUACGUGCGGGUUAAAGUAUAUACCGCAAUAACAUGUUUAAUGCUGCAAAACUUCAACAAUUGCUUCACAGCAGACGCAGACGUGAAAAAAAUACUAAGCUUAUCGUUGGCAUGACAAUAUUUUGCGUCUUAGAUUCAUGUAUGGGUGUGCUCGGUAAAAUUCAAAAUUAAAUUGUGAUUUUUACAGGUCUACUGGCAAUUCGUAAUUACAGCAGUUACGUGAACUGAUGUGACUCCGAUAGUGAUUAAUCGUAUCAGUCUAAUUAACGUGUGUGUUUGUAUUGCUAUAUGUGCGGUUUUUUCAAGUCUCUGUUGAUUAUCAACAGUACCUGGGAACAAGAAACCGACUCCAAGAACUUGAUGCCCGAGAAUUCUGAUUGUCGGCCCAUGUAGUAUUGCCAUGAAGGAAGAACCUCUGAACUAUUUCUCGCCAGUCGACGAGGGGCCCGAAUGCUUCACAGCUGCAAAAGAACACAACAAGUGUGCUGCUAAAUUUCCAGUCUCGGAAGUGACAGAAACUCAGAUGUUUGAGUUUGUGGCUGUCAAACAGGAAUGGGUCGAAGAUGAUGUGAAGGAUGACGACUGGAAUGAAGCUCAGGGGCCUGAGAAUGCAGCUGUAGAGGAAGAUGGGAUUCACGCCAAAACACGGCCAUCUGAGUGGCGCAUAUUGGAGGAACCUGAAUCGGCAGAUACAGCAGUGGGCAAUGCAAGGUUUAUCCCACAAGGCCAGGAUGGUUGCACUACUGGAAAAUGUGCCACCAUAUGCACCACAACUGACGAAAUACCGUUUAGUGACAGUAAUCGCAGUGGCAGCUGGAAAGAAUGUGACAGAAAUGAAAGGAAUACACACCUACUCUCAGGACAGGUAGUGGAUUCGGAGAGGCAUAAUACCCAUAAAGACAGCUAUUCUACUACAAGUACUGUGUUAAGUGACGGGUUCUGCAAGGACACCUCUGACGCAAAUUCGAACUGCUGCCAGGUAAACGACAGUUGCGAGAGGCUCUCCCCCUCGACGAACGACAGUGUCGCCGGGCAGCCGUCGCUUUCGCCCGACGAACGGGACGUCUUCACGUGCGACGUCUGCCGGGAAGUGUUUGUCGACAAGAGGAUCUUGAGGACCCACGUGCAACAGCACCUGCUGAAAUGCGGCAUCUGCCACAAGACCUGCCGCGAUGCCAGCGGCCUCGAGGUGCACUACCGGACGCACACGGGCGAGCGGCCCUACUGCUGUGACACCUGCGGCCAGACGUUCUCGCGCAGCGAUCAGCUGAGGCUGCACUCGCUGCAGCACACGGGUGAGCGUCCCUACCGCUGCGAUAUCUGCGGUAAAACGUUCUUGCGCAGCGAUAACCUCAGGCAGCACUCGCUGCGGCACACGGGUGAGCAGCCCUACCGCUGCGAUAUCUGCGGCAAGGCGUUCUCGCGCAGCAAUAAUCUGAGGCAGCACUCGCUGCAGCACACGGGUGAGCGGCCUCACGAGUGCGGCGUCUGCCACAAGCGGUUCACCAACGGCAGCAACCUGGCACAGCACUCGCGCAUCCACACGGGUGAGCGGCCGUACCGCUGCGACACCUGCGGAAAGUCAUUUACGCGAAGUAGAAGUGUGAAAGUACACCACCGCCCGCACACGGGUGAGUGGCUGUACGCGUGCAACGCGUGUGGCAAGGCGUUCGUCAGUGGCGAGACCUCGCAAAAACCUGGGCGCGUCCCAAUGCGAGAGGAGUCCUGAAACUGCACCGUCUUCGAGAAGCACUUUGCACGGAGGACGAGUCUGAAUCGUCAUUUGUGCCUCCGUACUAUCAGAAAUACCACCAGAGAUUCCAGAAUGAGAUUUUCACUCUGCAGCGGAGUGUGCGCUGAUAUGAAACUUCCUGGCAGAUUAAAACUGUGUGCCAGGCCGAGACUCGAACUCGGGACCUUUGCCUUUU